GGCAUUUAAUGCUCCUGAUUCCCUCGCGUCACCACAACAGAUUUGUCACUGGCUGCAGCUGAGUUUACAUUCAGCGCACGGACCGAAAACACUCAGCUGCCAAACACACAAUCAUUACGGGGAGCGCAGCGUAAUGGCGUCUGUGAGCGUGGUGGGGCAGCAGCCCGGUCCACACAGACUGGACUCGGAACCGCCGAUACUGCUCUUCAAACUGUCCGGCACCAAGAAGAAAAUCACGCUGCCGAGGAGGUCGUCCUGGGAGAAGAUGAUGCUCGCCAGGAGCGGCGCGGAGAGCGGCUCGGACGCUGCUGAAGAGGAGUUGCGAACUCAUCCUUUACGGCGUCCAGGACCAGCUGGAGGGACGAUGCCCGCGGGAGGUUGCGGUGCCUCAGCCGGCCUCCAAGCGCCACGUAGCCCCACGCAGAACGGACAAGUGGGCAGCUGCGGCGGCGUUGCCCGAGGGAUGGCCGGGCACAUCACCAAUGGCUACAUGAGGUGUGACCCAAACCAAAACACGAGUUGUCGCAGGGGGGGAUCGCUGAAGGAGCCCGGAGUCUGCGCCAUGCCAAGCGGCGCGACUAACAGACCGAGGAGAGCACACCGACACCGGGACGCGUCGCACGGGAGACGGGGCUCCCGGAAUGGAGACGGUCACAGCGGACAACAGAGCGAUUCAUCCGUGGUCUCGCCUCCCGGAGAGCGCCGCGGGCUGCCGCUGGAGCGGCUCACUCAGGGCAAGACUGGGGUGGUGAAGCUGGCCCGCACCGAGCCUCACCGCAGGGAGGCCUGGUCCAUCUUCCCCCGAGAGAUGGACCCCCGAGUGAGGGCAGAGAGAGGUGAAGGACACCGGUUCGAGACCAAGCCAGUGAAGCAGGACUGGUGUGACGCCUGCAGCAGGCAGAUCACAGCGCAGGGACUCAAGUGUCAAAACUGCAGCUACACCUGUCAUCUGGAGUGUGAGAGACAGGUCCAGCUCGACUGCAACCAGAGGGACAGAGAGACGGAAGACAGCCCAGGUCCCAAAGGCCGCUCUUCCUCCUCCUCCUCCUCCGCAGCUCCUCGGUGCAAGCAAAGUGAAACAAAGGAGGAAGAGGAGAGAGGAGGCGCUGAGGAGCUGUCAGAGGAAGAAGUCCGGGCCAAGAUAGAGUCGUACAACGCUCAGGUGUCUGAAAAUGGCAUGAAUCUGGCUGCAGACGGCUCUUUCACCGGCUUCAUCAAGGUCCACCUGCGGCUCAGUCGGCCGGUCACGGUGGAGGGCGACCGGGGCCGCGCCUCAUCAGAAGACCAGGAUGGAGAGCAGGGGGAGCGUACAGAAAAGCGGACAUCCUUCUACUUGCCAUGCGACUGUGUGAAGCAGAUCCACAUCGGCUCUCUGACCACCACCAGCGAGGUGAUACAGGGCCUGCUGAAGAAGUUCAUGGUGCUGGACGAUCCUCGCAAGUUCGCAUUGUACAGGCAGACGCACAGAGACGGACAGGACUUGUUCCAGAAGCUCCCUCUGUCUGAACAUCCUCUUGUCCUGAGGUUGAAAGCAGGACCAGAUCCUGAGCAGCUCACCUUUGUCCUAAAGGAAAACGAGACCGGAGAGGUUGAGUGGCAUGCGUUCUCUGUCCCCGAGCUUCAAAACUUCUUGGUCAUCCUGGAGAAAGAGGAGGCGGAGCGCGUGCGAGCCGUGCAGCAAAAGUACACCAUUUACCGACAGAAGCUGCAGCAGGCCCUUCAACAGCACAGCCCUUGACCCCUGACCCUGUCCCCCCUCAUGUCUCCGACCCCGGGGAUGCGUGGACCUUUAGGACACCGUGUGAUCUGAGUCCAGAGAAGCGGAGCCUGAGCUGAACUUACCUUCGGACUCCUCGUCGGCAAACAUUCAGACACGGACAAGAGACACGCUGAUGCAUAUACUUUCUCAGGUCGUACGCAGGCUCCCUUACACAAUCCUAUCAAACCCAUAACUGGAUCCGGACAGCAGUUGUUUACCCCUGCCAAGGAAGAUCUGGAACUGCAACCUUCUUCUUGAGAUCUCGUUUAUGACUGAUGUGAAUCAGCGGUGGUUUUUAAACUUUUCCCUUCUCUUCUGCUACUACAACAACUACUGCUGCUGCUGCUACUGCAAGUGUUACUUAUGCAUGAGUCUCUCAGCUCAUCUGCCCUGCACAUAGGAUUAGGAUUAAAACAGAAGGCAUGAUUACUUUUAGCUACAUCGAGCUGGAGCUGAAGGACAAUCAUACGGUGUGUUUGGUUUGUUUUUUACUGUCCACCCCAGCAGCAUGAUGCUGCCGCCACCGUGUUCUUAGUUUGUGUUUAUAUAUAUUAACCCAUACAUGAAAUGAUCUGAAAGUAGGAAAGAUGCUUGUCGUUUUUCUCCUCUAAUUCACUCAGUCCCACCAUGUCCACGGAUGCCAGAUGUGGUUAGUUUUUUUUUUUUUACUGCCUAAAUGCACAAAUAAGAACCCUGGAGAGAUGAUGAGUCAGCUUUUAUGCCUUUUAGUUGCAAGCAAACUCUUGCUGUUUUGGGAGUUGUUUAUGAAUGAGAGAGGACGUUUACACCAACGCUUACCGACUGACUUUUUCAAAGAGGAUUUCAAUUGAAUUGGAGGUAAAGAAAAACAAAUAAACCAAUAAAAGAAUUGGAAAAAAAAAUCAGCUUCUUGUUUUGCACGUCUUGAUCCAGGCCACAACUCUGAGGCUGGGCAUGCAUUUUAGCUCAUUUCCUUACCCCUAAAAAGGAACAAAAAAAUAUGUAAAACUCAUAAUAAUGGCUAUGAUAUGUUUGCAAUGCAUAUGAAUUGUGUAGACACUGGAAAAAAGAGUGAAAAGAUUUAACGUUGUUGCUAAUAUGAUAUUUUUUUUGUUUUACAUAAUUUUUCCACUAGUGUGUGUGCGCAUGGUCAUCCUGCGUAGUAGAGACGAUCCAUUAGACAUUCUUACGUUCGUUCUAAUCCUCAGAUAAGUCAGGCCUGCUGUCCAUGAGCACAUACCUCCCUGUAAAACCCACACCUACCUGUGUGUUUCCACCCGAGCUGUUCCUGCUGGCAGUGCCUUUUGUCCUAUGCGUUUUCUGCGUUAACGUGGGUUUCAGCACACGUUCAGGUGCCUGAUUGAGUUAUAAGUGUGGAUCCUUCUGCUUGCGUGCGAUUUUCUGGAAUGACGUUGGUUUUUAUUUUUAUUUUUAUUUUUUUUUUCCCUUUAAUCCCCAUUUUCAGAAUGCUCCCUAUUUUCCCUCAGCGAAUCCCGUGUGUGUGGGUGUGUGUGUGUGUGUGUGUGGGUGUGUGUGCGUGUGUGCGCGUGUGUGUGCGUUUUAUUUAUUUCAUGGUUCACAACCAUCCAUGUGAAAUUAUGUAAAGGGUGUUGCUUUAUUUUUGCAAUUUAUUUAGUUUUACUUGUACAACUGUGUAUAAAUAUGACUAGGCCUGUACAGAAAUUUAAAUGAAAUAAAAGGGUAACCUCUUUAUUGAAA